GCAAAACGCCCUUUUCUUCUUCAGUUUCCUCCUUCCCAUUUGUGUCAUUUCCUUUCGUUGUUCAGCGCGGAUGUGGGUGACACAAAAUACACAAUUCAAAUUACGCAAAGCGAACACUUGAAACUCUUGAAAGCGAGCGUGGAAAAAAAUCGAAUUCUGUCAACGCCACUUUGAUGAUCCGACGGGGGGAGGCGUGCACCCUAAAUUGCUCAGCAUGGACUCGACUGGUCAGCCGGAUUGUUGAUUCUGCUCAGUUGAUAAUUGCCAAAGUGUGGGAUUUUGUGAGCUCCGUCAAGAACGAGAGAGUAAAAAGCACUCGACAUGUCUUUCUUGAGCAACCUGAAAAAGGUCCUCCACCUGGGGGGUGGGAGCGAUGCCAAAAAGAAGAAGGUCUUCAACAACAUCAAAAUGGAUAUCGACCCGGAGGAGACGUGGGAAAUGGUCGGUGAACUCGGAGACGGCGCUUUUGGAAAAGUCUACAAGGCUCGCAGAAAGGGCACGGACACUUUCGCAGCUGCCAAGCGAUGUGCCUUGGAGGGCGAGGACGAAUUGUCCGACUUUAUGAUUGAGAUUGAUAUUCUAUCAGAAUGCAAACAUUUCAACGUGGUGGACCUUCAAGAAUCCUACUUCUUUGAAGGAAAACUAUGGAUGUUGAUUGAAUACUGUGAUGGUGGUGCUCUGGACUCAAUUAUGUUAGAACUGGAGAAACCUCUGACCGAGUCGCAGAUCGCCUAUGUGUGUCAAAAUAUGGUCAGAGGUCUAGACUUUCUUCACAAAUCUAAAGUUAUUCACCGAGACUUGAAGGCUGGGAAUGUUUUAUUGACAAUGAGCGGGGGUGUGAAAUUAGCUGAUUUUGGUGUUUCGGCAAAAAACAAGUAUACACUCCAAAAGCACGACACCUUCAUCGGAACACCUUAUUGGAUGGCGCCAGAGGUUGUCCUCUGUGAAACGUUCAGGGACAACCCUUACGAUUUCAAAGUUGAUAUUUGGUCGUUAGGUAUUACCUUGAUUGAGUUUGCUCAGAUGGAACCACCGAACCACGAAAUGUCUCCCAUGAGAGUCCUGUUGAAAAUCCAAAAGUCAGAGCCCCCAAAAUUGGAUCAGCCGUCCAAGUGGUCGAAAGACUUUAACGAUUUCAUUGCUGCGUGUCUUAUAAAAGAUCCAGUCCAACGGCCUCUUGCAGAAACUUUGCUCAAGCUUCCGUUUAUAGACUGCAAAUUGGACUCAAAGCCCAUUCGUGAUUUAUUGCUCGAGUAUAAGGCUGAGGUAGUUGAAGAAGAGUUGGAGGAUGAAGAGGAGGAGCCGCGCAGGCCCAAUCUCCGUCUGGAGCUGGAGGCUGGCGAAGAUGACUCUUCUGCAACAAAAAUGGAGGCGGAAACGAAACUACCAGCUAAGGAGAGGGAAGAGGCGCCCAAGAGAGAAUCAUUGGACGAAGAGCAAAUUCAGUCAAAGAAACCGAAGAUGAGCUCUCCCCCCUCUGCUUCUCCCGAAGAAAAUAAUGUCCCCGAUUCUCUUACCCCUCCUCCGUCGCCUCUUGAAGAAGUGGCAAUUCCUGAGCCACCGCUGCCUCCGCCAAUGCCUGCUCAACCAGAGCCACCACGCAAAAUAUCCCGCGAUAAAGGUCGCGCCCCGCCCCCUCCAGUGGUUGUUUCGCCUCCAAUCCUGCCCUCAGAGGUGGACACGGAAUAUCAAGAACUCAAAGAGCAAACUGUCGAUGAAAUCCAAACGAGUGAACCAGAAGAAGUCACUGCAAGUCCAGUGCCCGAAUCAUUUGAUGACGACGAAGAAGACGAGGAAGAAAAGUCUCCAGACAUUGUUCCAGCCAGAUCGUUGGCCAAUAACUCAACAAGUGAAGUUGUUAUUAUAUCCGCACCAGUUGUGGUGGAGCCUCCUUUGGUGCUAAAUACAAACGAUAACACUUCCACCGUCACAGUCCUGACGAAUUUGGUGGAAGAUCAGAUACCCUUAACCGUAGUUGUGUCAACACCUGCAACCCCAGUGCCAUCAGUUUUGCCUCAAGCUGGAAAUGAUGAAGUUGUGAUUGUGGCUAAUGAAAAUACCAAAACUCUUCUCAACGAGUCGUCUACCGAUGACGAAUUGUCUAUUCUGCCAUCCUUGGAAAAUCCAGACACGUCCUUCAGUUUUGUGCAAUCAAAUGGCCAUGGAUUGAAACUUGAUGAAAGCGAGGUGCUGAUAAUUAAUCCAAGCAUUCCCGGUGAACUUGAAGAGUCGAGUGAUGACUUCAUUACACAAAAUAAACAAGGGCCUGAUGAGCUUGACACGACUCAUGUUUCUGUUGUUACUGUCGGCGAGGGUGGGGACGAGCUUGUCAAAGACUCCAGUUCGUGCUCAUCCUCACUCACACAUCACGGUGACGCAGGGUCAGAUAUCUCAUCAGUUGCACAGAGCAGCAGUGGAAAGAGUGAAAAUGGCACCGAUGAUGACCAUCCCAUUGUGAGACCAACGUCUGUGGUUGUCGAAGGGACAACUCAGGAGAGCACUGACGUUGACAACGUGGUGGUUGUAAAAGAAAGUGAAAGAGAAGCCAAAGAGUCUGCCAAGUCAAGACAGAGGGAGCUGAAUGGCCUGAAUAUUACAACAGUUUCCACGCCCCAACACUUUGACAGGUCUGACGUCGAAAGUAUUGCCACCACCGAAAGUGUGGACAGUGGCAAAGAUUCUGCGCUUACAGUGCCAUCCAUCAAAGUGUCCGCUGCUACUUCUGCAGGUGAAGACGUUGAAAAUCCAGAUAGUGAAGAUGUAGUCUUGCGACCUAAAAAGACUGAAUAUCCUAAAGAACGAGACCGACGAACGAAAGAAGACAUUCAGCUCUUGAACCUGAAAAAGAAAACACGAAAGCGAACUAGGCGGUUCGAGAUAGAUGGCACCGUGGUCGAAACCACCACCAGCAAAGUUAUAUACGGGGACGAUGAAAAUGGUCUCAUCUUUGAUGACCAUGUGUUCAGGAAGCAGGAGCUCAGGGAACUCAAGAUGCUGCAAAAGUAUGAGCAGAAGCAGUUCCAGGAUCUUGCGUUUAAGGCGCAGCUUGCUCGGGAGCAGCAGGAGAAGCACUUUGAGCAAGAGAAAGCCACCCUACUGAGGACCUACGACACGGACCUUGACGCGCUCAACAGAGGCCAGCGACAGUCAAUCGAACGAAUUGAACAGCAGCAAGAGUCAGAGCUGCGCCUUCAGUCAAAGAGAAUUCGCGCUGACCAGGAGAGAGAACUCAAACAGUUCAGGGAAGGUCUCAAGACGGAGAUGAGACUACUCAAGCAGGAAGUAGACUUGAUGCCGAAGGAGUCGAGAAAGCAAGCAUUCCGAGUCAGAAAAGACAGACUUGAAACAGAGCAGUCAGAAAGGGAAAAGCAAUUUUUGGAAAGGUUAAACGAAAACCACGAGACCUCAUUAAGAAGAUUAAGCGAUUCGCACAGGGAGAAAAUUGCAUUGAUGGAAAGACAAUUCUUGCAACAGAAACAACAGCUUCUUCGAUCACGGGAAUCUGCACUUUGGGAACUGGAAGAAAGACACAUACACGAAAAGCAGCAACUCGCGAAGAGGCAGCUGAAGGACAUAUUUUUCUUGCAGAGACACCAAAUGCUUAAUCGGCAUGAGAAGGAGUUGGAGCAAGUGAAGAGAAUGAAUCAACGGAAGGAAGAAGAGCUGGCCAAGAGACCAACAGUAGAGAAAAGGGCACUAUUGAAGCGCAUAAGAACCGAGAUGAAGGCUCGCGAGAUGAUGUUCAGGGAGUCCAUGCGAAUCAGCAUAAGCACACACAUGAUCGAUCCCGAUCAAGAAAGAGAUCGAAUAAAGAAGUUCCAAGAAAAUGAAAAGAAAAGGUACAGAGCCGAACAACAAAGAUUUGAGCUGAAACACCAGCGCAUGGUGGAAGAGUUGAAAGCAUCAUCGGAGGCUACAAUUAAAGAACUGGAGGGUUUGCAGAAUGAAAAAAGAAAAAUGCUUAUGGAGCAUGAAACUGUGAAGUUGAAAGACCAGGAGGAGGGCUAUAAUAGAGAGCUGCGGGAAUGGAAGGCUCAACUGAAACCGAGGAAGCAGAAACUGGAAGAGCAGUUCAACAAAGAAGUGGAUGAGCAGGAGCGUCAGUUUGGCCACAUGAUCAGCAGUGACAUCGACAACAUUCCUCGAGCUGAAAGCUUCUCGAAGGGCUCAACGCGAAGCAGCAUUUCGUCAUCGUUCACCGACAGUUGAGCUUUCUUGAGGUGAUGUACCAGCAUGUUAUUUUUAUAUACAUUUCCUUUAACUGUAAUCAAGAUGCGAAGGGAAUGUCUGUCAAGCAUUAUAUCAUGUAAUAAUUUUUAAUCACAAAUACAACUGAGAAAAGAGAAAAUGCAAUUAUGGGGAGUCAAAGUGGAAAAAAAUAAUGUUUUUGGAUAAGAAAUUCUUAUUAUCGGGACUGUUGAUAAAUUCCCAUGUUGUUGUUAUUUGUAUUAUAUUUUUAAAAGGUUAAUUAUGGUGCCUGAAAUGUAAAAAUGGAGUUCUCAGGUCAGUAUGAUCAGAACGGUUUAUAAUUUAUUAAUUGAUCACAACGAUUAUGAUU